GUCUGGCACUCGAGCUUUGCACGCGCACUGAGCGUGUCGUCCGGAGGUAAAUCUGUCUGUACUGAUCAGCGCGCGCGUAUACUCUAUGUGCAUGCGAAUAUGUAGCUGAAUGUGUGUGUGUGUGUGCCAGAUGUGCGAGUGCGCGUGCAUUGGCUCUUAGGCUUCAAAUUGAGUUGUGUACAUAAAUGCAAUGAUCAGACCGUCACCUGCUAUUAGUGUAUCGAAACAGCUGGUACACCGGUACAGAUGGCCAAGAGGAGCACGCUCUUUAUCCGGAUCGUGGAAGGCAAAAAUUUGCCCAUCAAGGAUAUAACCGGAAGCAGCGACCCAUACUGCAUUGUGAGAAUUGACAACGAGGCCAUUAUAAGGACAGCAACAAUAUGGAAGACUCUGUCCCCAUUCUGGGGAGAGGAAUACAACGUCCACGUUCCACCUUCCUUUCACACGGUGUCCCUGUAUGUGAUGGAUGAGGACAAUCUCAGCCGUGAUGAUGUCAUCGGAAAGGUCUCGAUCAGCAAAGAAGCACUUGGUGUCAAACCACAAGGUCUGGAUGUCUGGAUGAACCUGACCGAAAUCGAUCCCGAUGAGGAAAUUCAGGGAGAGAUUCACUUGCAGAUCUCAUUGCUGGGGGACGGCGACGUGCCUCGCAAACUGCGCUGUCGGGUUCUGGAGGCCAGAGACCUGGCUAAAAAAGACCGCAACGGAGCAUCGGAUCCGUUUGUCCGAGUCAGAUAUAACGGCAAAUCCCAUGAAAGCGCAGUGGUGAAGAAGUCUUGCUAUCCACGCUGGAACGAGAGUUUCGAGUUUGAGCUGGACGACACUGACAGCCUGCUCAGCGUGGAGGUGUGGGACUGGGACCUGGUGAGCAGAAACGACUUCCUCGGAAAGGUCCUGUUCAACAUUAACAGGCUUCAGUCGGCGCAGCAAGAAGAGGGCUGGUUUCGCCUGGGGCCCGACAAACCCAAACACAGCCAGUACGAAGGUACGCUGGGCUCCUUACGGCUGCAGCUGCGACUCAGAGACGAGACGGUCCUGCCGUCCAGCCAUUACCAGCCGCUCACCGAAUUACUGUGCCGCUCCGUCGAGACUCACCUCAACGGCAACUGGCCGGACCUGGUCAUGCUAAUCGACGAGACGACAACGUCCGAGAACAGACAGGAGGUGGCCACUAAUCUAGUGAAGCUCUUCCUAGGGCAAGGACUCAUCAAAAAGUUCUUGGAUGUACUUUUCAAACUGGAGCUGGAAAAGAAUACCGAACCCAACACCUUAUUCAGGAGCAACUCUUUGGCUUCCAAGUCCAUGGAGUCGUUCCUCAAGGUGGCCGGGAUGCAGUAUCUUCACAGGCUUCUCGGCCCCAUCAUCAAUCGCAUUUUUGAGGAGAAGAAGUAUGUGGAACUGGAUCCUAACAAGGUGGAACUGAAAGAAGCUGGGUGCGCGGGACUGCAUCGUCUGCAGACAGAAGCCGAUGUGAUCCAGCAGAGCUCCAGCUUGCUCCAGUCGUACCUGUCUGAGCUGAUGGCUGCCAUCCUGCAGUCGUCCUCCUACUGCCCGAUGCUGCUCUGCCAGGCUUUCCAGCAGCUCUAUCAGAGAGUACAAGCUCGUUUCCCAGACCCGGAAUACAGGAAAGUGAAGUUCAUCGCUGUGACCAGCUUUCUGUGUCUACGCUUCAUUUCUCCUGCCAUCAUGUCACCCAAGCUCUUCCACCUAAGGGAGAAACACGCCGAUGCCCGUACCAGCCGCACCCUUCUGCUCCUGGCUAAAGCUCUUCAGACCAUCGGCAAUCUGGACACCCUGGUGUGUUGCUCGAAGGAGCCGUGGAUGGUGCCAUUGCAGCCUGCCAUCCAGCAGGGCAUCGACCAACUUAAGGACUUCAUCACACGCCUGGUCAGCUGCCACGACUCGGAAGAUCUUAGUUUGCAAGCUCGUAUGAAUCUCCAGUGCGGCUCCAUGGAAAAAGAGGGCUUUCUCCUCCUGCACAAGACCAAAGACAAGGGCAUCCUCAUGACCUCUCCUUUCAAAAAGUAUUACGUGACGCUCAGCAAAGACACGCUGUCUUACUCACGGACUCAGCAUUCCAAGAAGAGCUCGUUCAUCUCCCUGCCGAAGAUCCGUGCGGUGGAGAAGGUUGAGGAAAAAUGCUUCGGAAGCGCCAACGUCAUGCAGAUAAUCUCGAGCGAGGACUCCGGGCAGCAGGAGACACUCUACCUGGACUGCAGGAGCGUAAACGAACUGAACCAGUGGCUCUCGGCUUUACGAAAAGCGUGCAGCCACAACACCAACACUAUGAGCUGUUAUCAUCCAGGCAUCUUCAAAGCUGACAGAUGGAGCUGCUGCCACCAAAAGGAGAAAACAGACCUAGGCUGCGACAAGACCAGACAUGGUGUCACCCUGCAGGAAUGGUACGACCCGCUGGAUUCGGACCUGGAAGCUCAGCUGAUUUACCGCCACCUGAGCGGCGUCCAACACACCAUGAGGGAUAAAUAUUCUGAACUGAUAAAGCAAGAAGGAGUCGAUGAUUCAGAUGUGGACCAAGAUCCGAAGAAGGAGGACUGCGUAUCGAGUCUUUUCAAGAUUCUCAGAGAUCUCUGCAACGCUCACGCGGCAGUGGAAGAGCAGGAACGGUUGAAAAACAAGAACGUUUUCCUCGAGUUACAGACGUAAAAAACGGACGUUAAAAACAGACCAAAAAAAGAAAUAGAGGUUAAAUACCAGGUCACACACUGACUUCAUUUACAGGGUGUAUUAUGUGAACCCGCUCAACCCAAAUGCACAGCAAGUUCACAUAUUGCAAAGGUUUCAGAGCAGGUUGCAUGGCUCUUCUUUGAGGUGAGUUUACAGAAUUAGUGGGCUGCCUUUCGAAAGCUUGUGUGCUUCAAGGCUAGAUCUAAUAGUGUUUAGUGCAUCUUGUCCAUGAGUGUAUAAGUGUUGCAGCUUGAUAAGAUCGUCAGCAUGAAGGCACUGGAAAUCACGUGUUCUGGCUGGUUCUCUUCGCUUAUAGGCACUUUAUCGUGCUUGUAUUUUAUAUUAGAAGCAUUACUUUUUAUUCCUUUGUAAACAAGUCCACAUGUUUACAGUAUUUUAAAUAUUACACCCGUGGGCCAUUUUUAUUAACAUUUUUUCUCGCAAUCCUGCAUUGUUUAUUUGUGUCCUGUCUCCCGAUUUCUUUAUGACUCCCAAAAACACGUGUCGUCUCUGAGGUCUGCCGCCGCAUCAGUAUAUCGAUGGCUUCCUGAUCCUCUCUGGUCAAAGGUGUAGGUGCAUGAUUGAUCAGUUAUGCCUGUAGGGGGAAAGGUGGUGGAGAUAUGCAUCAACCUGAAGAAGUGAUUAUUGAAAGCGGUCCAGCACGAUAUGAGACAUUUUCGAAGACAUUCGAGGAGUACAAAAAAACCCCAAAAAAAACAAUUCUGGUACUUUGGAAAUUGAAAUUAAAUUGCUGGAUGUUUUACAACAAGACAAUCCCAGACCUAAGGCACAAUAAACAGAUUACAGUAUACAGUUGAGGGCAAAAAAUAAUGCAUCGUUCAUACAUUCCGGGAUGGUGGUAUUUUAAUGCAUGGUAUUGUAAUGCAUGUCUGAUAUUCUCAUUAAUGGUACAAGUGAAGGAAACGACAAUUUCAUAGAGGUAAAUGAAGGUGAAACUGGUUCGACGACAAGCUGUUAAACUGAUUUCAAUACAAAACGAAUACACAUGUAUAGUGAGUGCUGUUUGAUUCACUAUAUAGUCCCUCUCAUUAAAAUCCAUCCCUGCUGUUCAUUCCCUUGCAUUCCCUCUGGACCCCUGCCAGUAAACAGCUCAUAUUAUCUCCACUUUAUUGACAGUAUUGCUAGCGAUGCGACACUCGCGAUCCUCCAUCUGCGCUCAGUAUUGAUAGGUUUAUCAAUUAUUCACAAAGUAUACCGUUUCUGUUGUUGCCAUGCUUCAACUUAUCAGUUGUCAAUUUUGUGUGAAGCAUUAGUCAGCCCCAAAACCAGUGUGUAUUAUAGACAUGUAUUUCUGAUUGUCUUUUUAUAGUUUGGGUUUUGUUACGACAUGAAUGUAAGCGACGAGGCCAUUUUUUGUAGCUAGCAGCCUUGUUUUGUACACUAGAUGGCUCUGCAGCAUUUAAAUAUUUAUACCACAAACCGGGCCAUAGAAAUCUGGGAACCCGUAGAAAUGGUGUGAAAAGGUAACACAUGUUUAGAUCGAUGCCUUGAUUAGAAAUGUAGACAAACUGAUCCAUUAAAAAUGCUGAUAUUCAAACUGACACCCAUUUAAGCAAUAGUUUAUUGUUUCAAUGUAUCACUUUGCAUCAUUUUUGAAUGCUGAUUAGUAUUAAAAUGAUGUCUCACAAA